AUCAGUUCUGUUCGGCGUUGCAUUUCUGUUCGAUCUAAAAUCGAGUUCGGAUGUAACUGAUUCGCACUAAUGGCACGUUGUUGUUAAUUGUACGUUGGGAUUAAUUUUCGGUCUUUUUAACAAAAGCUUGAUAUCGAAUUUGUGUUGUGCAAAAGUGAAUAAAAAUAUAUAUGAUAUAAAUUUUUACACUUGCUCAUAUACAUACAUAUGUACAUACAUACUUGCACAUAUGCAGAUAAAGGUAUGUACAUAAUGUAACGGUUCAAUCCAAUAAAAAACAAUAAACAAACCACGACUCGUCUAUCAAAUCAAACGAAAUAUCUACACACACAUUCGUUCGUCACACAGCACAUUAACCAAUUGAAGCAAAACGGCACCAGAGCCUGCCAUCACAAAGUAUACUAUAAACAGCAAAAACCGCCAUCGCAACAUCAUCAGUACCAGCAGCAACUGCCACACAAACUUAGAGACCCCCUGACAUUUAAAUUUUUUCCUACACUUUUGUGGUACAUUGCAUUGGAUUUUUUUUUGUGCAACAACGUGCGCAUCAAUAAUAUUAUCUCUAACAGCAACAGCUUCAACAGUAGCUGCGCUUACAGUCUAAACUACAGCUCAAAAAUCACAGCGCCGGCAUCGAGGAAACUAUAGGAGCCAAACCACAACGCGCCGUGACGAAGUCAUCAUAUGGUGUUUUGCUGGAAUUGUGGAUAAAAUGCAUCAAUAAUUGUAUAACUCUGCUUGAAAGCAACACACAGUAGCCAUAACAGGAGGAACAUGUCCGCCAUAUUAUUUUCUCAGGAUUGUGAACAGCAAAAUCAACAAACAGAUGAACUGCAAUCGGAGGAGCUUGCGUUUAGAGAAGACUCAUGUAACGGUUUUAGUGAGGAAAUAAACAAUGAAUCAGAAAUCAGCCUACAAUUACCGCCAAGUUUACCAAGUAUUCCUAGUACUGAUAGACCAGUUAACGACUCCUUCAAUAUUAAGGCUGUCGAGCCACAAUUCGAGAGCGAUUGCAAUGGCCUCUUGAAUAGUAAAAUGGCGGCUUUAGCGUUGAAUGAGGGCGAUUGUAGUCAAUGCGAUGGCGGCAGUGAUAGCGGCCUUGACACAGCGACCACGAAGCUUGUUGGUGGAACAAUUGCUGGCAGUAAUGACAACAUUGACACCAAUUGCAAUGAGAAAGGUAGUGUCGCCACAAAAAACACAACAUUACAACGUGCUUUGAGCAGUACUAGUGGUGGCUACGCCAGCAGCACGGGCGGUAUAGAUGAUGUCAAUAAUCAGACGACGCUUCCUGCGGCGUUACAGCCGUCUAAUGUGAGUAACGCAAGUAUGCAAGGUUUAAAUACAUCGGGCAAUUCUAGUUUGCUUAGUUGUGGCUCAGAGCUGGCGACCAGCACCACCAACGGUGCAGUGUCCUCAGCAACGCAAAGCUUUGAGUGUUAUAGCGAGAACGGCAGCGAAAGUUCAUCAAUGCUGGGUGGUGGCACUGUGUCGACAACACCAGUGCGACGCUCAAACAGCACUAAAACGAAAAUGAGAGUUUAUGAGGCUGGUCGUGGCGCUUUUGCCACUCCAAUGUCCCGCAGUAUGCGAGAACGUGAUUGCAGCAGUACACCAAUUUCUGGUAACUCAACUUCCGCGGCUGGAAACCAAGUUAAUAGCGCAACAACUCCACGUAUGCGUCCUGCUAGUGUAAAGCGUACUUCAUCUUUGUCGCGUCAUGUACCUGCAGUAGCGUCGAUGGUAGCACAACGUCAUGCUGACAAGCCACAGUCGACUAAUGCCACCAAUAAGACUUUAAUGGCGGCACCAACUUCAUCCUUUCGCUCCACUACGACGACACGUGCCACAAAACCACAGAAGCCAGAUUCCUUGCCGAACACACUGAGUCGCACGCAGUCUAUGAGCAUGCAGCGUCUAGUACAACGUACACCGUCAUUAAGUCGUGCGCGUACGCCGUGUACACCUCAAGAGGAUGGCCGUUGGCCCGGCAAUUCACGCACCUCUAGCACAGCUAGCGGGGCUGCGAAGCGUGGUGUCUCUGUGACCCCAGAUUUGAUGUCACUAAAGAUGCGCUCCUCAAACAUGAUGGCAUCGAUGGAAAUGAAGUCCACCAACAACAAUACAAGUUCAAAUCCAUACAGCACGCUGCCUCGGCGGCGUAAACAAAAGUCCGUCGAAGACUUGACAGCUACGCCUGACUCGCGCAGUAGUUCAAUAACGCGUGAUACACGUAUGACCACGUCAGUAAUGGUAAGCACGCGCCGAAGUCUAGUAAGCGCCUUUGGUGCAUCAACGCCACAAAGCAAUCAACCGCGCUCAUUGAUACAUACACGAAAAACACCAGCGCAGCCACCUAAAACGCGCAUAUACCAUGAGACUAGCGUUCAGACGGCGCUCACCGGGGAAGAUUUGGAGAAUGUGUUUGCUGGGCGGACCCCAGCAACGCGUGCUGUAGAUGCAGUUGAACAAAAUGAACAGACCACACAGACUGAUAUACGUGAUGCUGAAUUAGAGCGAUUACGAGAUGAGGUGCGUCAAUUAGCGCAGCGUGAACAUGAACUGAGUGCUAAGCUUCAACGCGAACGUGAAGAGAAGUUAGCUACACAGCGUGAAUUAAAUUUAAAUACGGAACGGGUGAUGAGUAUGUUGGAAAAGGCACGUUUAGCGGGUGGAAAAUACGGUAUUACAGGCGGGAGCGUGAGUGGCAUUAGUUUGGACGGCGACGCUACUACGCCAACGUCGGACGAGGGUAGUGGAAGUGGUCACGACAGUUUACUCAUGCUGGAAUCGCAAAUACAAAUGAGUGGUCAUGAGUUAAUCGAGCGUCAACACGAGAUUGGACAGCUGCGUCAGUUGUGCCGAUCCUUACAGCUUGAAAUGAAUCGUUCACUGGCCGCGCAGGAAUGUUUGUUGCAAGAAAAAGCCGCUAUCGAGCAGGAGUCGAAUGAAUUGCAAGACUUUCUGCAACAUGAAAAAUCAGCAUUAUGUGAUGCAUUAAAAGAACUGGAGAAUGAGCAUCAAGCUUGCAAACAACAGUUGUCGGGACGUGAGGAAGAGGUGAAGGUUUUGCGCGAUGAAUGUCGUCACUUAGUGCGGCUUAAUGAGCAGCGAAGACAGGAGAAUCGUAUGCUACAAUCCAAAUAUGCAGCACUGGAAAGUAAAUCGAAGGAAAUGAUGAUGCAACAAAACUAUUCGGUCUCGGGCGCAUCUGCUGCAUUAUCGGGCCUGCAUUCCCGUUUGGAUAGUUUAGUUGAACAAUUGGUCUCCACUUACAAUAUAACUGAACACGAUUUGGAGGAUAUCGGUUUCCAGCCAGAAGUACAACAAAAUCACGGCAACGCCUUGGAGACACGAUCAACACAAAAUGUGGAAGAUUAUCUUGGUCGAAUGCCAACGAACAUUAAUGCAAAUGGGCUGGACUUUUGCACACAUUCUCAACAGUUCUUACCACAGUCGAGUGAUGGAUCUUUGUCACCACAAAGAAAUCAAUCAUUCAUUGCGGCCGUAAUAAGUGCCAUACGUAAUGCAACUACUCCGUCUAGUAAAAAACUAUUGGCGCGAAAUGGAAAACGCAUUAGUAUUGAAAACGCUGGUGUGAGUGAUUCAAACGGUCAGGCUGCGACAAAAAAUAAUAAUAACUAUAAUGGAGAUACAAAGAAUGCCGGUGGUGAUGACUCCGAUUCCACUGAGAUGCUCGAUUCUGAAACAGAACCCUGUUUAAUGAUGGAUAACGUGCUGGAAGAUGUGACAAUGCCCGAUUCUCAUUCACACAAUAUGGUCUCAUCAUGUACGGGUAUUAUAUCUCAGUUGGAAGUACCGUCGGAACUGAUUAAUCCCGCAUCUGGCGAUGAAUCAUUACAUAACUUGUCACAAGCUAUUGUUAAUCGUCAAAAGAUGGAAUUGCAGAUCAGCAACAUGCAAAGUGUACAAAAAGCAACACUGCAAUUGAAUCAAUGCGAGCAUGAUAACUCUGAUGAUGCUAGUUGCCAUGACUCAGUGGCGGAAAUGCCUUCUCUAAUGGAGUAUUGCACAGCGCAAGCAGUGGUGGACCAGGUGAUCGAAGUGGACAGCUUGGUCACCAAAUUGCUCAAAGUCCUGCGUCUCAUACAAAUGGACAAUGAUAAUUGCAUACAGCAACUUAUUGUCGAUAAGAAUAAGUUACAAGAGAAUAAAGAGGAUAUGUUGGAGAAAAUAAAAGAUUUGCAGGAUGUGAACAUAAAGUUGCAAGAUGAGCUUAUGGAUGCCACACAAGAGCUAAUGUUAAAGAACAACGAUUUGUCGAAUACGAAAGCCGAAAUGCAACGACACCGUAAUGAGAUCGAUGUAAGAUUUUAAAGAAACGUUAAAAUAACCAUCAUCGAUUGAUCAAUAAUUUUUUUGCAUUAGAAUUGAGUUGCUUUUGCACAAGCAUUUAUUUUGGUUGUAGAACUCACCGAUACAUGGAUACUUCUACACAUAUACUUAAACACAUACCGAAGUUAGUCGCAUGAACGUAACUAAUUAACACACCAUUAUUUUUUUAAUUUUAUUAUUAUUUUUAUUUUUAUUUGUUUUUUUGUGAAACACACUUUGGUCUCAAUAUGAAUUUUAUGAUUCGAGUAUUAAUUUUCCUAAACGAUAGCCGAAAACGGUACGAAACAAAAACGAUAAAAAAUUGCGACAUAAUUUUUAAAAAUUAGCAAGAGUAGCGACACAAAAAUGUUUACAAAUAAAAUAUAUUUCCGUGGUCGAAAGCAUUAAACGUUGGGUAUAUGAUUUUUAUCAUUUUUUACUAUUCAGUGAACACUUUUAAAAGUUCAACAUUUAUUUUAAUUUCAGUAGCUUACUAUAAGAAAACACCAUUUCGUAGACUGCUAAAGCUUUAUUACUUUGUUUGCUUCCUCUUAAGAGAUGGCUAACUCAACAAUUGUAUACUUUAACGUUUACUAGCUUCGGCCAUAAAUUUAUAUGUAUGUACAUAGUUAUAUCUUUUACGUUUAUUUUCGAAACUAUUGAAAACAGAAACAAAAUUUGCCUGCAUUUAAAAGCGCAGUUAGACUUAUGGUCAUAUGAACAUUUACCAAAUAAUGAUUUAUGUAGACUUAUGUAUGUGCAUUUCAAUAUUUUUUGCACUUUAUAACUAAAGUUAUUCUUUUAUAUUUUGAACGAUUAUUCGUAUUGUUAUUAUUUUGUCGCAAAUUUGUUUCCUAUUUACAUAAUAAAAUUUUCUACAUUGAUGUAUGUACUAUGUUUACUUUAUUGACAAAAAAAAAAAGCUUAAAUAAAAUCAUUGUUAGCUGAUGCCAGUUUUAUAUUA